UUCUGUCCAUAUUCCAGUAUCUAUGUUUGAUUCCAUCUGACACCUGGAGAUGCUAUUUGUGGUCCAAAGCUAAAACUUGAUUCGGUUUCUAUUGUCCAGUAUUUAUUGAUAUCUAUAUUUGAGCCUAAUUGCUUCUCUUUCUUUCUCUCCUGCCAGAUCCUCUGGAAGUGUGUCCUUCUCAAUGUUAGUUCUCCUGUGACCAUAGAUGCAACCGGCAAUUAGGACCUGGACUAAAACCAUAGGAGAACUGACUUUCCUUUCACAUUGAUCACUGACUGCUGGUUGUGACUCAUCUUUGUCAGAGAGAUAUCUUACAAUGUGGACUGGCCCCACCAGAGGCGGAUGAUGAUGCUAGUUCACUGUCGCUCAACGGAGCGCAAGAUGAAAAGAGACAAAUUAUGAUAUAAGACGUAAAAAAACAAUCAAGGACUGUGUGAUCAUGGCAUCCGUGAAACUCCCGCCCAUCUCCGAAUGUUCGCCUUACACCGCAACAAGCAAUUGGCCCUCCGUUGAGAUUCGGACGCGAGAAAAAGAUAGCAGAGAAAGAGUGGUAACAGUCCUGGGAAGCUCUCAUAAACGCUUGUCACCUGAUGUCAGCCUGACCAAUUUCUUGAGCGGCAAUCCGUACCUGAAUAUUCCGGCGUACGACGAGACACCAACAAGAAGAGAGCUCGUACAGAGAAGGCAGCAUACUGAUGACAUCCGACGUUGGUGGAGGGGUCGACAAAGGGCAGCGGAAAAAGACAGGCGAGAUGCUAGAGACGUCAGCCUAUCACGCUCUACAAGACAAUCCAGCAUCUCUGUUACUGGUUCCCUGGAAUCAGUCGAACAAAGGAAGUUUGAAUCUAUGAAAACUGUCCCAAAACGUGAAACGAACUGUAGCAAAGGCGUUUCCGAAAACAUGAAAUGGGACGAUUCAUUAUCAAGUAAAUCAUUACCGAAACUUUCGAGGUCAUUGACGGAGGUCGGCAAGGUCAUUGAGGGUGGCGCCCCUUUUUCAGUGCCGGCACCGCCCCCUGCUGGGAGUCCUCGUUCAUCCAAUCCAAACACAAGACGAUCACAGACCUUGUUGAGAAAGCCAAGCGUUAGCAAAAUGAACGAUCAGAAACCUUUGGCGAAGUCUGCUCCGUCUCCACAGUUGGAAGAGGACGCUCUGAGACGACCGAUUCUCUCCCGCCCCACGUACACGUGGUCAAUAAAGUUGGCAGACGAUCCAGCGCAGCUGACGGACAAAGUGUUACCGCCAGUCGGACAGCUCUCGCCGGCAGCUGAAAAAGACAUGAAGAAGCACUUCUUCGUUCAUCCUAAAUGGGAGUCCGAGAAAAUAGCAUGGAAAACAAACGGCUCUAAGAUGAAGACUGGUUGGAUCUGAACGCUGAAUAACCAGUACCGUAGAACCUUUCUAGUACAAUGUUCACCCUAGGACUGACAAGUGUGCUGUCCUUAAUUGAGAGGUGGCUGAUUAGAGGACAAAAUGAAUGCAAAUGAUCAUUUUGGGUCCACAAUUAGUGUCCUUGGAGAGGGUAUCCUGAGUGAAGAGGUGUCUACUAAGGGAGGUUUCACUGUAAUAAUAUAUCUGAAUUGUCGUGCGACGAAUUUUGUGGAACAAAUCCAUGCACAGGAGUAGGCCAUCUUGACUAAUCUCACACUCCGCCCUCGUUCCUCCCUAUAGGAAGACUAGGUUUAUGAUGACAAUGGACUGCCUUGAUAGUCUACUGUAUUCCAUUAUGAAUUUUGCAGGGGACUUGGUUCUGGCGUGGCGUACACUCUGGACGUUGUGAACCGGCCUCGUCCCCCGCCAUUGGGAGACUGUGUUUAGGGUGAUUAUCGACUGCCUCCUAUUAUGGAAGAAUGCAUCCUUAAACUCAUGGUCUGAUAGUCCCUUUAAGUUUAGCUAGGGUAUAUCUAAAUCUUGAUAAGAUACAAAAACAUUGGUUGUCAAGAUGGGGAAAAUGACGUCAGGUAAUUAAUUCAUUAUACUCAAUACUGAGAGUGCUGAUGAAGCAAGGCAUCAUUAUAGUCGAUAUUAUUAUUGAGACAAUCAACACGGUAUGCUGAUAUCAAUGGUAAAUGAUAUACAUGAGUUGUGCUGUUAUUUUCCUAUUAAUGUACAGAUUGAAAGCACAGAACAUACACAUGUUGAAUUAAAAAGAUGUUUUGAUUUGA